UUUGAUAAUCACUGCCAUGUUUGCCACGUAUUUGCGCAUUAGAGUAUCGUACAUCGCGUCGCGGAAUUGAAUACGGCAAUUGUCUCACAAUCCUGAUAAUAUUUGAUACCAAAAUUUAACAAUUCAAGGAUGGACUAUAAAUUAUACGCUUUGUUCGUGUUGGUCUUUCUGGCAAAUUUCGGGUCUGCUGGACCGAUCGCUGCCGGUAUUGGGUACGCCGGCUGUGCAGCGCUGGCGUGUGCCUGUUUUGCAGUAGCUGGCUUUACAUUUGGCACUGUAACUAUUGCGACGAUUUUGGCAAGUCCAGCUUUGACAGCCUGCAAUGUGGCCUUCGCAAAAUGCGAAGCAGCGGUUAUGGCAAUGCUGGUUGCACCAACUCCCUAGGGUCUAUAUAUUAAAUGUCUGAUGAAAUCAUUUUUUUAUUGUUUAUACGAAUUAAUGUUUGCUCUCUUUAAAUAUCACAUUAUUAAUCUU